UGGACGUUGCACAGAAAGGACUGUGCAUUGUUGAGUGUCUGACUCGGAACGCAUAGGAGACUUGUGGUCACUCCUUCUAAUGAUGAAAGAAAUCAAUUGGUGAAUAAAACCUCUGUGGUCGGUUCUCAGUCCGUGUCUCGUGCACUACGCGAACUCUGUUUACCUUGGCCCCAUUAUCUCGCAGUUAAAUCCAACAAAUUCCAGUCAACCGCCACAUCUUCUCCGUUAACACCAAGAUGGAUACAAUCUCUCGUCUAUGCCAAAACCACCCCCUCAUAACGCUCCCCGCGCUCUUUGGCCUCGCGGUUUGGCUGAUAGCAUGGCUGCGCCGCGACCGCCGGCUGGGCACAAUCCCUGGCCCUAAGGGGAGAUACCCCUUUAUCGGCGUCGGCUUCAAACUCCCACCCAAAGCGCCUGUUCUAUUCCGCCAAUGGGCUCAGACAUAUGGCGAUGUCUUCAAGAUCCGGGUAGGCUGGUACGACUGGGUCGUCAUCAACACCCCAGAAGCCAUCCGAGAGAUCCUCGAGAAACAAUCCGUCGUCACGUCCUCCAAGCCCCCUUCUCCGAUGGGCCACGACGUCGUGACGGGCGGCAAUCGGAUGCCCACCAUGUCGUACGGGCCCCGCUGGCGUGCCCUCCGCACCAUGAUUCGCCAGAUGACCACGGUGCCCAUGACGGCCUCGUUCAUACCGAGCCAGGAGUUCGAGGCCAAGCAGCUGCUCUUCGACCUCGCCAACGACAACGCGGACCAGCGCAGCUUCUACCAGCACAUGCGCCGCUUCGCCUUCAGCAUCAUCAUGACAAACACGUUUGGCACGCGCGUCAAGAGCUGGGACCACCCGGACGCCCAGAACGCAGUCAAGAGCCAGGCGAUACUCCGGGCCACAUCUCGUCCCGGUGCGUUCCUCGUGGACGAACUCCCGCCUCUUGCGCGCCUGCCGCGGUGGCUGCAGCCCGGUCGACGAGCAGCAGAGGAAGCGGCAAAGCAAGUACUGGACAUCAAGAUGGCACUGUGGCGGCGCCUGGCAAAGGAAGUCGAAGCCGGCACAGCGCCCCACUGCUACGCCCGCGACAUCUUCACGAGCAGGGAGUACUGGUACGCCCAGGGGCUGACCGAGGAGCAGCUGGCAUGGGUGUCCACGGGCAUUGUCGAGGCAGGGUUUGAGACGACGGCAGCCACGCUUAACAGCCUGGUCCUCCACCUUGCCGCAAACCGGCGCGUGCAAGACGCUGCGCAGGAGGAGCUGAUGCGCGUCGUUGGGCCGCAUCGACUACCCACGCUGGCCGACAUGCGCGACCUGCCGUACGUGCGCGCCUGCGUCAAGGAGAUGCUGCGCAUGAACCCGAUCCUGUCGCCCGGGAUCCGGCACUAUGCAGACCAAGACGUGGUGUACAAGGGGCAUGUGAUUCCCAAGGGCACGGUUCUGGUUGCGAACACGGCCUUUCUGCACUAUGAUCCUCAGCGAUUCGAAAACCCGUUCGAGUUUGUGCCGGAGCGCUACCUGGGGCAUUCACUGUACAGUUCCGAGUACGCGGCUAUGAGUGACCCGUACAAGCGCGAUCAUUUCACGUUCAGCACGGGCAGGAGAACAUGUCCUGGCGCAAGGCUGGCGGAGAAUUCGCUCAACAUUGCGCUGGCAGGAAUUCUGUGGGCAUUUGAGAUACGGCCGCCGCUUGACGGGAAAGGCUUCGAGGGGCAAGUGGAUUUGGGUGAGAAUGCGUACCCGGAUGCCGGAUUCAUGAUACCGAAACCGUUUGCUGCUCGAUUCAUUCCCAGAGGGGAGGAGAGAACGCGAAUUCUGGAGGGCGCUUGGGAGGCGGCAAUGAAAGAGGGCUACGAACUGAGGGGGGUUCCGGUGGAUGUGGAUGGCAUGGUUCAGCAGUACUGAGACAGCACAAGUGGAGAUGUGUAAAAAACCAGUCUAUACCGGGCAGUCUAGUCUCAGGUAUUCAACUCUUUUA